AUGAAGCCAUUUCCCACCAGCUACGUGCGCGAUAUUGAGCAGAAACUCACACUAUAUGAAGCUCUAGUGGAAAAGCUUGCACCUGGACAAGGACUAAAUGAUGAUCUAGAAAAUUCCUUUAGAAAUGCUCCGAGGAAGCAUUCACAUGAUGCAACUACUUCAAUAGAUCACACAAUGGAUCAAUCAGACGAGGAAGUCUUUGAUGGUGCAUCCCUAGAUCCUCAAGACACCACAGAUGCUGACAAAAUGCGUUACUUUGGAUCAGUAAGGGAGGUAAUGUAUAAAAUAAAGGCCCAUAGUCUUGUGGAACAGUCAAUGGCCACCCAAAAACGUCCACAGUACUGGUCACUCAAUAUAGAGGACGAAAAUCACAUUCCAUUCACAAACGAAGACUUUGGCCCGGAUGAGUUUCUCUAUCGCUUUGUUGCGACAUACUUUCAGAAAGUUAACAGCACCUUCCCGCUUCUGAAUAAGAUCCGCUUUAUCCAAGACAUACCACAACGAAAGCUGGAGCGGGGUUUCGGAAGCAUACUUAUCCUAGUGUGUGCACUGGGAUCGCUUUAUUGCGAUGACGAACGCAUGCACCUCCCAAACCGAGAGCCAUUUGGAUUUCUCGGCGGCAGCAGCUACUUCCAAACAUACAAGAAGAAAGCGCCCAACUACUCUCUCACAGCGGCCACGCUCGAAGACAUUCAAGCGCUCAUGUUACUCCAAAUGUUUGUCCAAAGAAGCUCUCAUCUGCAAAGCAGCUGGAAUCUGAAUGGCGCGGCACUUAUUAUAGCCGAAGAUAUCAGUCUUUAUCACCAAUUGAACCAUCUCAACGUCUACGAAAGGGAGGCCCGAAAAAGAGCGUACUACUGCAUAUACUUUAUGGAUCGCUCCCUCAGUGCGGCUUACGGAAGACGCAUUAUGCUGAAAGAUGAGGAUGUUAGUCUUGAGCAUCUUCAACCACUGCCAGAAGAAAUAGGUACUGAGGAACACUAUAGCGUCAUAUACUUUACGCAAAUGAUAAAGCUUUACAAAAUACAAGGCCAAAUCGAUCAUCAAAUUAGCUUGCUAAAGAAACAAGGUAACAGAGACAAUGUCAUGUCAAUCGUCGCAAGUAUGAGCUCGUGUUUGAAUGACUGGGUGAAUGAGAUCCCGCGGGAUUUGCAGUAUGAUGAUAAUUGCCAAGAUAAUUUUGUGUUUCAGCUCAUGAGUAAUCUUCGCAUCGCUUUCUUCAAUAUCCAGUUGCUAAUGUAUAGAAACUUCGUACCCCAUCCUGGCUCGACAAAAUUUUCGCAAUUUAAAGUAGAGAGUUUGCUUAUAUGCGCAAAUGCAGCCAAGUCCAUGCUAAAGGUUUUCCAUGUCAUGGAGUUAAAGCGACACAUAAUCCAAAACUACAUUGAUUUCUUGAUGAAUUUGGGACCAUUUCACGCUCUAGUUAUUCUUAUAUUGAGUGCAUGUGAAUCAAGACGGACAGGUCAAGUGGAUGUGACUGAAAUCGAUUACAUAGAGAUAGGUAUCAUGAUACUGCGAAGAAGGGAGAUUAAGGAUAUCGUUGCUGGUAAAACCCUAGACGUAAUUUUGCACCUUCUGGAGUCAUGUCGUUUACCUGUGAGAGUUUCUGGCCAGCGGACACUAAGCGAUGAUUACAACACGGGUGUUUAUCGAGGAGAGAAUGUCAUCGAUCCACCUUAUGAAGUUGGCGGAGAUGAUAUUCUCAACAACAUGUUUAAUUUAUUGCAGUCCAAUUCGAUUGAUUUUGGCGGAGGCGUAGGUGUUCCAGAGUACAACUAUAGCGGGCUCAGCGCCCAAAAUGAUGUCGAGUGGAACAACUUUCUCCUUUCAAUAGGAUUGCAAUUCGAAAUAGACACAUCUCACACCGGCUUUUGA